AAAGGGAACGAGGAGAGAGUGCAAUGCAGAGCUCGCUCGAGCAGUUGAUCACCAGUUCAGGUAUGCCCUGACAGCGAAGCCAUUCCAUCACCUGCCCUACCUGGGUGGUCGAGACGCCAGGCAUCAGUUGUCAGUCACUCUGCCUGAGAUUGGGACAGAAUCGGGAGAAUGAUCAGAAGAGGGCAGAAGAAACUCAAUAAAUAGAUCCCUGGACAAUCCCUGAUCUCAACAACAACAACAACAACAACAACAACAACUUGCAUUUAUAUAGCGCCCUUCAUGGUGCCUCGAAGCGCUUGACCAAGCUGUGAACACAGGACAGGCUCGGGGCAGAAGAGUCUGUGCAAAGCCAUCUCAGGAACCACGGAGCUCAUCGCUGGACAGUGCUGGGCUGAUAGAGACACCUGCACACCAGGGCUCCACCUCUUCACUCCUGAAAUCACCAGCGCAGCCAUUCAAUCACAAGCAACUGAGCAGCCGGGAGACUCGGGAGUGUGUGAGGGAGUGUGUGUGCAGACAUAAUGCAUCGUAUCCUGAGAUUUAUCCGCACCUACUGGAACUAUCUGGUUUUCUUCCUGACUCCCGUUGUGUUUUUGCCUUUACCCCUGCUGACACCAGGCAAGAUAGCAGCAUGUGGAUACAUCAUUCUCCUCAUGGCUGUGUACUGGAGCACAGAAUCCAUUCCUCUGGGCAUCACAUCGCUCAUUCCCUUAGUCCUCAUCCCAAUGUUUGAAAUCAUGACAGCUAAAGAAGUGGCCCAGCAGUACAUGAAGGACGCAAAUGUGCUCUUUAUUGGAGGGUUAAUGGUGGCUCUAGCCAUUGAAGAAUGGAACCUCCACAAACGUAUUGCACUUAGGGUGGUCUUGUUGGUUGGAGUCAAACCCGCUUGGUUAACACUGGGACUGAUGGGGGUGACAGCAUUCCUCUCCAUGUGGAUCAGCAACACGGCCACCACUGCCAUGAUGGUCCCCAUCGCACACGCCACGGUUGAACAGCUCAGUAUGAUCGAGGACAAAGUGGGCAAGGAAACCCGGGAGGAAAUAAUAUUAACAGAGUCAUUCAAUGAGAUAAGAAUUGAGAAUCACCCCACAGAUAAUGAUGUGAAGCUAACAGAUCCCCGAAAGGCAGCCGGACAGAAAAGGAAUCUCUUCAAGCUGGUCAGUUUGUGCAUCUGUUACUCCGCCAGCAUCGGUGGCACAGCGACCCUGACCGGCACAGGACCCAACCUGGUGAUGCAGGGACAGUUUAGCCAGUUAGUUAUUCCCCAGAACGGAGGAGUAGUUAACUUUAGUUUGUGGUUUGCAUACGCUUUCCCCAACAUGCUGGUGAUGCUGUUUCUCUGCUGGAUCUGGCUGCAGAUUUUAUUUCUGGGAAUUAAUUUUAAAACAUUGUGGGGCUGUGGAUCAGUGAAAACGUGGCAGGAGAUAGCAGCCUACCAGGUCAUCAGAGAGGAGUACAAGAAGUUGGGCAAGAUGUCCUUUGCUGAAAUCCUUGUUCUCAUCCUCUUCAUCAUCCUGGUGCUACUGUGGUUCACUCGGGAUCCUGGAUUCAUGCCUGGAUGGUCUGUAUUGUUCUCUACCGCAAACAAGAAAUAUAUCUCUGACGGAACAACUGUUAUAUUCAUUGCGAUCCUCAUGUUUGUCCUGCCAUCGAAGAGACCUCGAUGGGGAAACUUGGACCAAUCCAGCUCUAUGAAUAACACACAAGUUGGGCAACAGAAGCCUCGGUCCUCGACACUCUUGACGUGGGAUAUAGUGCAACACAAGCUGCCGUGGAAUGUGGUGCUGUUAUUGGGAGGAGGUUUCGCCUUGGCAAAGAGCUGUGAGGUGUCGGGUAUGUCUGAAUGGGUGGGUAAUCAGCUGUUACCUCUCAAGAACAUCCCACACUGGGCCAUAGUGAUUAUUUUAUGCUUGAUGAUGUCCAUCAUCACAGAGUGCACCAGCAACAUUGCUACUGCCACCAUCUUCCUCCCCAUCAUGGCUUCAAUGGCUGUAUCCAUUCAGAUCAACCCUUUGUAUGUCAUGAUUCCUACCACCAUAAGUGCUUCCUUUGCCUUCAUGUUGCCUGUAGCAACGCCUCCCAAUGCCAUAGUUUUCUCCUAUGGGCACCUCAAGGUCCUGGACAUGGUUAAGACAGGAAUGAUCUUGAACCUGGUGGGAGUGAUUUGUGUGACUCUGUCCAUCAACACCUGGGGUCACAUCCUGUUCCAUCUGGACACGUUUCCCGCCUGGGCAAACGUGACCAGUCUAUGAUGCAGCUCGCUGCUUCAGGGUGACAAGUCGUGCUAUGUAUCAAACUCAGAGCUGAUUUCUAUACGAGAGACACUGAAGACAUUCAGCCAAUAUUGAGCACAUAGAAUGUGCAGAAGGCAGACCCACCCUCAUCGAACAUCAGUCGUAGUUGUGAAUCUAGCCUUGACCAACCUUUAUGGUCGGCCAACACAACACAUUUUCAAGGAAAAACUGAAAACACGCUACCAAUCAAUCAUGGACUUGCCUUGCCUCGUGCGAAUGUUCAAGGAGAGGGAUUGUGUGUGGGCUCCUUGACAGUGGGCUUCAGGUGCAUUCUCGUAGAUCUUAUUUUCCUUCAGGUAAUUGGGGAAGAGGGUUUGACAUAUUCUCACUAAUGUUACCAGCAUUAAACGGAUAUCUGUCUAAACUGCUAGGAUUUAAAUGAAGUUUAAUAAACUUUUAA